GAUUCUGAGACAUUUUCUGUUACGCAAGAGCUGCUAAUGAGGAUUUUACAGUGAUUUUUGGUGUGAAAAGACCGUGAUCUUCAUAGUGUUGCACAAGUGCGCCUCUUCAGUGGAUUACGUGCGAUGCAUCUUUCUGCAAAAAGGGAUGCGGAAGUGUUCGUCAAAUGUUCAGUGAUCAAGUGCAAUCGAUCGUGCUGAGAGGACAUUAACAGCUGAGGUGUGAAAUGCGUAUCUUCCCGGUGGAUCUUGUGAGUGGCGUGUGAUUAUGUGUCGGCAGGGUGGAUAGAUCACAGAGAACGAGACAAUAUGCCAUCGGGAUUCCGUCCAAAUGGGAUUUCAGCUGCUGCACACACACCAAAUGGCCAUCUCAACGGCGCGAAGGUGAGGCAACCUUGGCCAGCUCAGGGCCUCGAUCAUGCAUCGACCAUCUCCCGGACGCGAUCAAUAGAGCAGCAGUUUCAUCACGGAAAUGGCACCCUUCCGUCCGGCCGAACAUCCCUUAAUGGUUUGCUCACGCGCAACCAGAAUGGCCUGCACGAGGACAUUGACUUCCCCCUCACGACACGAACGAUUUCCCGCAAGAAGAACAUCACCUGGAUGCGACCACACGACAUGUGUGCUCGCCCUCAGUUUCGCCUGUCACCCAGUGGAUGUGUGCUGGCGGCGCGGGAGCUUCCUGAGCCUCAUGGACCGGGAGAUCCCAAUCUCUUGGCGGCCAUCGGCUGCUUGUCACAGUUCCCGAAACUGCUGGAGCGCGUGGCCCCGUCCGAUCAGAGCUUCGACGUGGCGAGCGGGUACAUUGGAAUGUUCAGAUUCCGCUUCUGGCAGUGGGGAAAGUGGGUGGAGGUGCGCGUGGAUGAUCGACUGCCUACACGAGGAGAUCGUCCGGCUCACAUGCACUCCUCGCAGCCGGACAUCUUCUGGGCAGCGCUGCUGGAGAAGGCGUACGCGAAGCUGUAUGGCGGCUAUGCCUUCCUCAAGUACGGCAGCGUCGGCAGGGCGAUCCAGGACCUCACGGGCGCCGUAGUGCAGAGCGUGCCGCCCAGCGGACCGUUGCUAGGCGGCGCUGUGCCACGAUCGACCCUUCUUCUGGCCAUCACGCACACCGACAAGGGUACGAAGCACCGGCGAUCGGGCCUUCUGGCGGAACAUCCGUACUGCAUCACAGGCCUGGCGCGCAUCCGGACGACGCCGUCAGAUGCUCCGGCGGCUGCCGCCACACACGACACGAAUCUGAUACGACUGAGGAGCCCCUGGGCGGGCGGAGAGUGGGGCGGCAUGUGGGGUGGCGCCUGGUCAGAGCGCAGCUGGGAGUGGAACGCCCUCAGCGAGAGAGACAGGGAUCUGCUGGCGUCCAGGUCGCAGAAUGAGGGAGAAUUCUGGAUGGCCGUUCCAGAGUUCCUACAGCGCUUCUCAGUCAUCUGGCUGGCGCACAUCUCGCCUGAUGACUGGGCGCUGGAGCCGGCUCUGCACUCCAGAUCGCCGUGGCGCGCCGCCAUGGCGCUGCGUCAAUGGCGGCCGGGCUUCAAUGCCGGCGGGCCGCACAGGCACACCGAGACCACGGCCACUAAUCCACAGUUCAGGAUCAGAGUGCCAGGAGCGGCGGCCAAGGCGCACGUGGUCGUGGCCGUGGCGCAGAAGUACGAGUGUUUCAGGAGUCGGCAGGACGAGGAGGCGGAGAUUGGCUUCACCAUCUACGAAGUGCCGCCGGGCAUGCCGCGUGUCACGCCUCAGUUCGUGAGCGAGCAGAUGCCGCUGGACUUCGCACCCAUGCAGAAUACGCGCGAAGUCGCCACGUUCUUCGCGCUGCCGCCCGGGGAUUUCGUCGUGCUGCCGCACAGCGCACAGCAUCGCGAGGGGAAGUUCCUGGUGCGCAUCCUGGCCGACCAGCACGCGGAUGUGUGGGAAGUGAACGAGGACAACGUGGUGAUACAGAACAUCGCGGCGGAACUUGUGGAGGAGAGGAGUGCCGAUUGCCGACUCCUCUACCGGCUGCGCACGCGCUAUCCGCCCGAGAUCGACGCUGGCCAGCUGCAGGCCAUCCUCAGGACGCAGGGCUGCUCCUUCGGCCGCACGCUUCGCGGCCUCUCGCCUCUGGGCGGUCCUUCGCUGGACCUCUGCAGAGCGCUGCUGGCGCUGCGCGACCCCGCACUGGGCGGCCGCCUGUCCAUUGAGCACGUGCCGGCGCUGGUGGGACUGCUGCGCUUCUGGAAGGCCGCGUUCCGGCGCUGCGGCCCCUCGAGCGGCGGGGCGCUGUCCUUUAGCCGCGGCACGUGGGGCUCGCGCGUGUCCUCGUACAGCCUGCGCGGGCUGCUGUGGGCCAGCGGCGCCACGGCCAGCAACAAAGUGCUGGAGGCGCUUGUGGGGCGCUUCUGCCGCAACCGGCAAAUGACCCUCGAAGGCUACCUGAUGUCCAUGGCACGUCUGCACCUGGCGCACGAGCGCUACCACAGCCUAGACACGAAGGCGAAGGCCAACCCGUUGACCCUGGAAGAGAUGAUCCUCAUGACCAUCUACUCGUGAGACCUGCGCGAUGACGCUGACAUGGAGCCAAAGACCAACUCUGAAGUGGACUUGUAACGCGACUGGCUGACACCCCAAAUAUUUAUUUCCCACUUCCCGAAUCCUCGAUUCUACAACUAAUAUAUUCGCAAGAGUGCAUUUUUAUGUAAUAUUUACUGAGGAGAAAUACAGACGACGAAUCACUUUGUUAA